GCAUGCUAGUGAUUUGGUAAACAAAACCACGAGAUUGGUGCGCGAGUUUUCACCGGUCGGAAAUUUUUACUGAAAUUUCUUGAAAAAUAAGGUAAAAUAUCGACAAAAUGCUACAAAUAGCUCGCUCAGGCUUCCAUCGAUUACAUAAGAACACCAAUGUUCGGCUGAUUGUCAACAGUGGAUUUUCGUCCGAUUCCGGUCAGAAAGGCGACGGUGAUGGAGACCAGAAAAAAGAAUCGCCUCAAACGGCAAGUGUACCUCCGAAGGAGGAUGUGAAAUCGAGUGCUGCGUUGAAUCGAUUGAAUGAGCUGCUUUCUAUGAUGACGACUGAAAGCGAAGUGCAGCUGGUGAAGAAGGUUCAGCUGGCCAAACCUGCCGGACAAAAGCGCGAUAAAAGGAAAGAUAAAAAGGCAGAUGACCGUAAGCAAGACUCGGAUUCUGAUUCCGAUUCGGAUGAUGAGAAGCCAAGGGAUUUGGCCAAAGCAACCCGAAAAGUGGCGGAAUCGCUUGGCGGUGAUGCCAAGAAAACCGAAGCUGAAUUGCUGAAAAAGCUGCUGAGAGGACAGCCUGCUGGCGCAGAGGGUGCAGCGGCGGGAGCCAGCCUGAGCGACAUUAUCACUGGGAUGCAAGUGGACAAGGAAGGAGCGAAAAAGGGCAAAGGGGUACAGCUAACUAGAAGCAACGUUGUGCGAAAGGCCAUCGAGAAGAAAGGAGCAAAGGGACAGGAAUAUCUGAAAUCGGCACAAUCUCGCGAAAGAAGAAGGCCACUGGAGGCAAUCCAUCCCACUGGAGCAAGUGUGAAAUUGUUCGAGGGAGAAUCGUUGAACAUUUUUACAGAUCCUGCGGCACUUAAAGACAGUCCUGACAUACUGCAAACCUGGAAAAAGCUACAGGAUCGUGAGCUACGGUUGGCAGUCACUCAUCCUCCGGCAAAUUACUUCCAAAAGAUGGCACUGUGGACGGAACAGGGUAAAUUGUGGAAGUUCCCCAUUGACAACGAACAGGGACUGCUCGAAGAAGCAAAGGUAUCCUUCACAGAGCACAUCUUCCUGGACGAACAUCUGGAGCCAUGGUGUCCGAAGCGCGGGCCCAUUCGGCACUUUAUGGAGCUUGUGUGCGUUGGGCUGUCGAAGAAUUAUUUCAUUACCGCUCAGGAGAAGAAAGAGCACAUCCUUUGGUUCAGGGAUUAUUUCGAGGACAAGAAGGAUCUGCUGAAGCAGGUUAUUGUACAGCAAUCCGAAAAAACUGGCGAGAAAAAACUUACCGAGUAGGGCGUUGUAGCAUUUCUAAAGAAAACAUUCAAUAAAUUAUGUAGAGUUCAAUAUCAA